UCACAGGGAAAAUAUAGAAUGCUAAAUUUACAAAAAUAAUUAUUUGAAAAAUUUCUAAAAAUGAUACAUUCGCGAAAAAAUAAUCUUCGCGAAAUGCAUUUUUUACCGCAGGAAAAUAAGUGUAAAUUAAUCAACUUUAGGUAAUAGAGUAAUUUAGGAAUGUAUUUUUUUAUACCGAAUGCUUAGCAAAGCCACAUGCACCUGUAAAUGUUGUUAUCAACAAUCGCGUUUUGUAUAUCUAGGCAAGAACUUGAUAAUAAAAUUAGCCCAACAACAAAACAACAUGUCCAACAUACCACGACCGCUGUUCAGGUCAUUCAGCAGGCUUGGUCGACACUGGUUAAAAAGGUCUCGGCCUAAUCACAUUGAAGCUUUGAAAGAUUCAUCGUUCGAGUUCACUGUAGCAUCUUACAACGUGUUGGCUGACCAUCUUCUUCAAGAGCAUCCUCAUUUGUAUUACGGACAAAAUGGAGACGAACCGUGGGUUUACGAUUGGAAUUAUAGAAAGUGUAAUUUGAUGGAAGAGUUCAGGUGCUCGAAUCCAGAUAUAUUAUGUUUGCAAGAGGUUCAAGAAGAUCAUUUUUAUAAUUGGUUUAACCCCCGUCUCAAAGAGGAAGGUUACACGGGGGUAUACAAAAAGCGAACUGGAGACAAACAUGACGGUUGUGCGACGUUUUUCAAACGAGACCGAUUCGCGUUAGAAUCGUAUCAACUCAUCGACUUCCGUAGAAGCAACUGCUCCUUGCUCGAUCGAGACAACGUCGCCAUUUUGUUGUUUUUGCAGCCGCUGUCAACGAAGAAGCUAAAAAACCGGUCACCGAUAUGCGUUAGCAACACGCAUUUAUUGUUCAAUAAGAAGCGUGGCGAUAUCAAGCUUGCACAGCUCGCGUAUUUGUUCGCGGAAAUCGAUAGGCUUGCAGGUAAUAAAUCAACUACUUCAUGUGAAUAUCCUCCAAUAAUUAUGUGCGGUGACUUUAACAGUACGCCGUUUAGUCCUCUCUACAACUUGGUGACAACGGGGAAACUUAGGUAUUCCGGACUAAGUAGAACACUUGUGUCAGGACAGCUUAAGGAGAAACCGAGAGAUUCAUGGUCGGGCAACUUUGGAACUUCUAUAUUUCCGAAAGAUUUAGGUUUAUCGAAUUAUUGCAAGUGGAAGUCCAUAGGGAAUGAAAGUAUUAGAGGGACAUCGAAUGAAGUACAAGUGUUUAAUGUUGAGACGAAUGAGUAUCAAAAUUGUUUUACAUCCAGUGAAAAUGACUUACCGGGAUAUCUAAAACAUAACUUAGCCUUACAAAGUUGUUACCAACAUUACAGUGUGGACGGCACGCCUGAAGUCACUACUUGUCACGAUCGAGCUGCGGUGACUGUUGACUAUAUAUUUUAUUCUAAACCAAGUGGGCUCUAUGAACGGGAACAGCUGUGGUUGUCUGGUGUACUUGACUUAUUAGGCGAACACGAAGUAAAAAAUUUGGGUAGUUUACCGAACAAGUAUAUAUCCUCUGAUCAUUUACUGCUUAUGGCUUCUUUUGUCAUGCACUAGUGGUUAGGCCUUGCUUGUUCAGUCAAGUUCUCUAGUUAACUUUAGCCUUGCUUACACCUGCUGAAAAAAUUAAGUAUCAUUGUUUUCAAAGUCAAUUUCGUUCUCACUAUAGAUAGCUUUCGCUGUGGUCAAAAAUCAUUUUAUAAUGGUUUUAAAGGUCGCGAUUUAACCUAACGUAAAGGAAUUUUUUUUUGCAAUAAUAAACCCGGUACUGUCGUAAUAUCGUCGCUUGUUGACGGUGGUCGCUUUGGUGACUGCCGUCGUUUUGAUGACGUUCGUCGCUUUCCCUGUCGUAUUUAUCCCGCGCGUUCCAACCUAAGAACCACGAUACAUGCAGUUGCUAUGUUUUUAUCUGUUGAACUUGUUUAUAUUAGUUUGCAGAAUUUUGUCGUUUUGAUUUAAAAUCGAGGUAAAAAAAAACGAGACAAGUUAGGUAGGAAUUUUGAAACUUUUAACAGAGUGUACACCCUACCGUAUAAGUCUUGUUUUUUUAAACCUAUUUCUAUAUGUUUAUACUUGAAGAAAGAGUUUGAAAAUAGGUGUUUUAAAUUUUAACCGUUCUGUUAGAUGGACUUUUAAUAUCGUCCCUUUCCAAGUAUAAUUCAAAUUUUUGGGAGAAAUAUUGAAAAUUCGAAAAAAUACUUUCACCUUUUUUUUAAUAUAAGUUGGAGAAAUCAAGUAUAAUUUUGGCCUUGAUAUAGCAAAAACUUAUUGAUCCUGUGAGAAGGCCUAAAAUUCGAGCAACUUUUUUAACUCGAUGUUUUCUUGAUUAUUAAAAACCACCACGCCCUUUAGAACUGAGUUCUAGUCACAAAAAUCUUUAGUGACAAAAAGUAGGAAAUUUUAGCACAGAAGUAUAAAUUAUUUAGUUGAAAUUCAUUAUAAAAAUGUAAAGUUAUGACGUCAUCGUCAGUUUUGCUGUCAGUGUGUUUUGGCACAACUCUUGGAAAUUUUAUGCCUUCAUAAGGCUAUAGUUACACGUUGAUGUAUAUUGUUACUUUCUUUAUUCUAAUAAAGAAUAUUUGUAAAAUCAGUCAUAUUUGUUUAUACAGGACUCGUUUAUUCAACUAUUUUUUAAAAAAAAUUGUGUGGAAUUUGUUAAGAAAUUUCAUAUUUUUAUUAUUUAUAGGUUUUUGUUAUAUUAUUGAAUUAUCACGAUAAAUAAAAAAUACUUCAAAAUAUGUUGGUUUAAUUUUAUUAGGCGAGCAAAGCUCGGGGUUUGGAUGCCAGCUCCAGUCCUUUUUACACUGAACGUGUCUAAUGCACGCAAUAUGAAAACACAGGUAAUAAGAAAAUGUGUUGUGUAUGUGCCAGGUGGAAGUGACGGAUGCUACCAAAGUUCUAUUAAAAAGUUUUCCAAGGGUGGUCAAAUUAGAUACCUUGGAUAUGACAUUUAAUAGUGCUGAGAAGGAAGAUGCACAAAUUUGGAUUAUGUGGAGUGGAGUAACAAACUGAAAAGGUGAAAUUUUUUUUUAUUUUGACUUGUGACUGUUUUCCAUAACUCUUGCACUUUUUGUGGGUGACCAAGGUUCAAUUCCCCUUGGCGGCGAUUCAAUAUAGGCGAAUGAAUGUUACCAUAGCCCUGGGUUAACGAAAGCAAUGUGAGGGAAAUUGGGGAGAUGAUACACUGUGUGGGACGUUGGAUGUUGCACAUCUAUCUCUGGAUUGUCAUCAAAUAUGUUAAAAAUCUGCGAAACAUAGACUUAUAAGGAACGACUGCACGAGCUUUUUAUUUCUCAGUUACUUGACAAAGCAUAUG